CGGCUGGAUAGGUCCAAAAUUGCCUGCCUUAUUUGUUGCACUGCUAUGUCAGUUUUUGGUUGUGAGGGGCUGUAAGAUAGCUAUAGAUGAUGGGAACUGAGUACAGACUUACUAUGCGCUAACAGUUCUGCCCAGAAUUUUGAGGAAAAUUGUUGAUCAACAACUAUGUCUCUACAAAAACCAUGUCUUAGAAAAUGAAACAGGCUUUUUUACAUUUUGCCUAAAAUCUUCAUGAUCAUAAUAAAAAGACCACUGGAAACACUAUAACAGGUCAUACAUUGGGUGUUUAUGAUGUGACUUGACUUCUGUUAUCCCUCCUUUCCACAUCAUGUUGUAUGUUUUGCUACUAUUACUCUAAAGCGAUAGAAUCAUGUUUUUUUUUUUAUAAAACCACAAACAGUUUUUGAUGUUAAAAGUUGAACGAACCAUUCCUUUUACAAAGUAUCAUCAAAUUAUCUUGAAAAAGAUUCAGUUCUCAUAUUCAACCGCAUCUUUCAACACUGCAUACUUUAUGUUUAUAUUUUCUACUAUGACACUCUAAUGUAAAAAGAUGACCAGAGACGAUAAAGAGCAUGUGAUCAUUCAGUCACUUCUGAUUGGCCGAUCACCUCCAGUCCUGACAGAUAAAAGUAGAGAACUAACUACUUUGUCUCAGUGAUGAGCUUCAGCAGGUUCAAGAAAAUGACUCCUCUGGUGUUUGCUGGCUGUGUGACAUGUCUGCUCCUGGGAACAGUGGGUUUUUCUUGGGCUCAGAAACCGUCUGCAUCUUUACAUUUUAAGUCAUUUCUUGUUGGAGAGGAAGUGACUUUAAAAUGUUUUCAUCAAGGAGCUCUGGCAGAUUUCUUAUUUUGGUAUAAACAACCUUUGGGACAGAAACCACAACUCAUGUCUGAAUUUUUUAAUUAUAAGAAAAAUGGAUCUUUUGUGGAUCCUUUCAAGAACGAUCCACGGUUUGAACUGGAGACAGACAAAGACAGAAAUCACUUGAAGAUCUCAAAUUUGGAAAUGUCAGACUCUGCUACUUACUACUGCAUCAGCUCUUACACUCAUGCACUUACAUUUUUGGAGGGCUAUAGUGUCCAUGUGAAGAACUCUUCUUCUUACAUCCAGACUUCCGUGGAUCAGUCGUCCUCUGAGAACAUCCAUCCAGGAGACUCUGUGACUCUGAACUGUACAGUACACACUGGGAGCUGUGAUGGAGAACACAGAGUUUACUGGUUCAAAGACUCUGAAGACUCUCAUCCAGGACUCAUUUACACUCAUGGAGGCAGGAAUGAUCAGUGUGAGGGAAAGAUCAACACACGAACACACAGUUGUGUUUAUGAGCUGUCUAUGAAGAACCUGACUGAGUCUCAUGCUGGGAUCUACUACUGUGCUGUUGUCUCAUGUGGACACAUACUGUUUGGAAAUGGGACCAAACUGGACUUCACAGUUGACGGGAGUUUUCCUCCAUUUGUGUAUUUCCUGAGUGGAGUUCUGACGGCUUCAUUGAUCUUCCUCACAUCUUACAUAAUACACAAGACAAAGAGCUGCAAAUCCAAGGUAACGGAUCCCCAGAACAGGUCUGCUGAUGCUUCAGGACUGAAUGUAGAGGAGACAGAGGACCUCCAUUACGCUGCUUUAAGGCACAAAAAGACCAACAAAUCAAGUAGACAGAAGAAAGACACCAUCAGUGAAUCUGUGUACUCCAGCAUAAAACAGUAG